CAUCAGAUUAUGACCAAUAACGAAAUGUCGCGAAUCUGUUCCAAGCGCUUUGUGGGACCGACAGCCCGUCUGACAUUUCCUACCAUCUGAGAGUUCUGCAUUAUCGAUUGUGUUUGUGAAUACAUUCAUCCCGACCAGAUAAACUUGACCCGCGACAAUCAGAGCUAACACCCCAUUUGUUUCGACAAAUACAAAGGAGACGCGAGGCUGGGGAGCUCUUGGUAUACUGGCAGGGAUAAUAGCAUACACGCAUAUCACGCACACAAUAAAGCGCCCUCGCGCAGCCGCACUACCGCCCUACCCCACCCUACUCACUUGUCGUCGAAAGCCGGCUAAAUUCUUGUACACCCCCGCAACCUAAAGCAACAACCCGCUUCGAAAAGCGGAAUUUGCGUGUAAAAAUAACGUUAAAAAUAACCUUAAUCCUGCUAAUGUCAAUACUGCUUACGGCUUUCACUGUUGCUUAGUGUUUUUUUCUAAUUACCGAGUUAUAUAAGUUAGUUUUAAGUGUGGAAAUGAAACUUAAUUCGGGGAACUAAAAUGGCGGCCCGCUAGGCGUCGUAUUUCGAAUUUGGAAUUGGACUUUUUUAAAUAUGGUAGUGAGAACUUUCGCAUAGCGCUCGUGCAAGGACAUUGGAAAAUCGAUAGCGUAGGCUAUGUCGGUUUAGUCGGGGUGGUAGGUAGGUUCUACGCUGUCACUAAGAGGCUGCUGCCGAUGUCAGAAGAAGAGGAAGACUAGACUAGCCAGCAUCGAAGCCAUGACGACGGAGACGGCGACGCCUACCCAGGCGGACGCCAGUACCGCGUUCCUGAGGGCCGCCCGCGCCGGCCAGAUCGAGAAGAUCAUCAGCCUCCUAGAGCAGGGGGUCGACAUCAACGUUAGCAAUGCUAACGGACUGAACGCUAUCCAUUUAGCGUCCAAAGAUGGCCACCUUGAGGUUGUUCGAGAGUUGCUCCAACGCGGAGCAGCAAUCGACGCGGCGACGAAGAAGGGAAACACCGCACUGCACAUUGCUUCUCUCGCUGGGCAGGAGGCGGUCGUCAAGCUUCUAGUGCAGAACGAGGCGCAGGUGAACAUCCAGUCCCAAAACGGGUUUACGCCGCUCUACAUGGCCGCGCAGGAGAACCAUGAUGGCGUCGUCAAGUUCCUCCUCGCCAACGGAGCCAAUCAGAGCCUCGCCACUGAGGACGGCUUCACGCCUCUCGCAGUGGCGAUGCAACAAGGCCAUGAAAAAGUGGUAGCCGUACUUCUAGAGGCUGACACCAGGGGCAGGGUCAGACUGCCAGCUCUCCACAUCGCUGCCAAGAAGGACGACGUCAAAGCAGCUAACUUACUUUUGGAGAACGAACACAAUCCUGACGUGACUUCGAAGUCUGGCUUCACUCCGCUUCACAUCGCAGCACAUUACGGCAACGAAGCGGUAGCCCGACUUCUCUUGGCUAAGGGUGCUGAUGUCAACUGUCCCGCCAAACACAACAUCUGCCCGCUUCAUGUUGCUGCUAAAUGGGGCAAACAGAACAUGGUAUCCCUGCUCUGUGACAACGGCGCGAACGUUGAAGCUCGCACUCGCGACGGUCUCACGCCACUCCAUUGCGCGGCGCGUUCCGGACAUGAACGGGUUGUUGAAGCGUUGCUGGAUCGCGGAGCUCCCAUCACUAGCAAGAGCAAGAACGGCCUCGCCCCCCUCCACAUGGCGGCACAGGGUGACCAUGCAGAAGCGGCACGGGUGCUUCUCGCGCGCAGAGCCCCCGUAGACGAUGUCACCGUGGAUUACCUUACUGCGCUGCAUGUCGCCGCGCACUGUGGCCACGCUAAGGUCGCUAAGCUUUUGUUAGAUCGGAAUGCUGACGCCAACGCUCGUGCUCUAAACGGCUUCACGCCUCUCCACAUAGCUUGUAAGAAGAACAGGAUCAAGGUGGUCGAGCUACUUCUGAAAUAUGGAGCAAGUAUCCAAGCCACCACGGAAUCAGGGCUGACACCUCUCCACGUGGCAGCUUUCAUGGGCUGCAUGAACAUCGUCAUCUACCUUCUGCAGCAUGAGGCCAACCCUGAUGUACCCACCGUUCGAGGAGAGACACCUCUACACCUUGCUGCUAGAGCUAAUCAGACGGACAUCAUCCGCAUCCUCCUUCGCAACGGCGCAGCGGUGGAAGCCAAGGCCCGCGAGCGGCAGACUCCCCUGCACAUAGCCUCGCGCCUCGGCAAUGUCGACAUUGCAGUGUUACUGCUGCAGCACGGCGCAGAUGUGCGUGCGCAUACCGCUGACCACUACAACGCGCUGCACAUAGCCGCUAAACAGCAUAAUCAUGAUGUAGCGGCAGCUCUAAUAGAACACAACGCUCCCCUGACGGCCACCACCAAGAAAGGUUUCACGGCCUUGCACCUCGCUGCCAAAUAUGGAAACCUGAAGGUGGCGAACUUACUCCUUGCACACGGUGCCUCCCCGGACUCUCCUGGAAAAAACGGCAUGACGCCAUUACACAUCGCCGCUCAGUAUGACCAGCAGGCCGUUGCCACCACACUGCUUGAAAAGGGCGCUGAUGCCAAGGCUGUGGCAAAGAACGGGCACACCCCUCUGCACAUAGCAGCCCGCAAGAAUCAGAUGGAGACAGCAGCAACUCUGUUGGAGUAUGGGGCGCUCACAAACGCAGAAUCCAAGGCUGGGUUCACACCAUUGCAUCUUGCCGCUCAGCAGGGUCACGCAGAGAUGUGCUCAUUGCUAGUGGAACAUGAAGCCGGGGUAGACCACCAGGCUAAGAACGGCCUCGCCGGACUCCAUCUUGCUGCUCAAGAGGACCGGGUUCCGGUAGCCCAGCUGCUGGUGAAGAAUGGAGCGGAGGUGGACAUUUGCACUAAAGGCGGGUACACACCGCUGCACAUUGCCAGCCAUUACGGUCAGGCCAACAUGGUGCGGUUCUUGCUCGAAAGUGGAGCCUCUGUCAAGGCACAGACAACACAUGGAUACACGGCACUUCAUCACGCAGCACAGCAGGGGCACAUCAACAUCGUCAAUAUUCUGCUGGAGCAUAAAGCUGAUGCUAAUGCCACUACAACGAACGGUCAAACUCCCUUGGACAUCGCAUCCAAGCUCGGCUACGUGACAGUCAUGGAGACAUUGAAGGAAGUCUCGGAACCGUCCAUAGCACCAGCUUCCCAGGAGAAAUACAAGGUCGUGGCUCCGGAGACUAUGCUAGAGACGUUCAUGUCAGACUCCGAGGAAGAAGGAGGCGAGGAUACGAUCCUCAACGACCAGCCGUACCGAUACCUAACUGCAGAUGACAUGAAGAGUCUUGGAGACGAUUCUCUUCCUAUCGACGUGACCAGAGACGAGAGGACAGAGUCCGCGUUAAGCCACAAGAACAUCAUGGAGGUGUCCACAGGUUCAGUGAACGGUAUGCCGUACCAGCCCCAGCAGGAGGUGGUGGUGAAGAGCAUCAGUCGCUACAGCACGGCGGCCGCGCCGGAGGGGUACUGCUACAAUGUGGAUCCUACGCUGCCCAAGAAAAGGCUGCAAUGGAAAAACUUCCUUGUGUCAUUCCUGGUGGAUGCUCGAGGAGGAGCGAUGCGUGGUUGCCGCGGAGGCGGGGUUCGGGUUAUUGUCCCACCGCUAUCUGCCCAGCAGCCUACUAGGAUCACUUGCAGAUAUCUGAAACCGUCUCGAAUCAACCACAUGCCACCUCUAAUGGAAGGGGAGGCUCUUGCGUCCAGGGUCUUGGAGAUGGGGCCAGUUUCUGCUAAAUUCUUAGGGCCUGUGAUACUAGAAGUACCUCACUACGCGUCCCUGCGAGGCAAGGAGCGCGAGAUCGUGAUCCUACGAUCUGACAACGGCACCAGUUGGAGGGAGCACAAUACUGACGCCACGGAUGAUGUAGUUCAGGACAUUCUGCAUGAGACACUUGAGAUCGAAGACACCAACGAAGACGACAAGGGAUGGGACGCACCACGUGUGACCAGGAUUCUCACCCACGACUUCCCACAGUACUUCGCCGUUAUCUCCCGCAUCCGUCAAGAGGUGCAUGCUAUUGGACCUGAAGGUGGCAUGGUUUCCAGUUCCGUCGUUCCUCAAGUCCAAGCUGUCUUCCCACAAGGAGCUCUCACCAAGAAGAUCAAAGUCGGCCUCCAGGUAAACCUUUUCAAGCCCCGAAAAGGCGUCAAAGACAAAAAUCUCAAAAAGAUCACCGUCAAUAACGUUUCUAAGAAGAAGCGUUUCUCCUUAAUUUGGUAACUUCUUGUAUUUAGCGUUUAAAUCAGGUUGUUAUUCAGAAAGAUCUGCUCGAAAGUGCUUUUUGGUAUUACUGUAUUUUUUUAUUGUAGACAAAAAGCUAGUUGUGUGUUUAUAUUAGUCACCAAGUUGCACUGAUUUAAGAAGUCUCUUUAAUAAGUAAGUAUUUGUAGAGAUUUUUCAAAACAUAUGCUUCAAGUUAUUCGAGAAAUCUUCACUGAAUAGGAUCCAUAGUUUUAAGUAUAACCAUUGUAUAACACUGACAAAGUCGGGCAAUAAUACAAGCUUAUGAAUCAUAUAAACGAAUUUUUAAUCGUCUUUAACCGUUUAAUCUACAUUUUGAUGGCGUAUUUACAUUAUAUAUUUUUAUAAGUAAUCAUAGAACAAGUUAGAACUAAGUUCUUUUAGUUUAGCAUUCAGUUCCAUGAAUUUGUAAUAUUUCGGUAGCUGGUUUAGUAAGAGAAUAUGGAAAAGUAUAGAAGCGAUUUCUAUGUCAUCUCUGACUUUUGUUGUACCAAAGUUAAAUAAAGUUUGGUUAGUUAAAAUAUCUAUGUAGUUUCCUGAAUUGAUCCCUGUUGAAUUCACACGAAUUGCUAUGGUAUGCUAUGAUUAAAUUCAUUUGACGCCGCGCGCCGUGAAUUUGACAGCCCCAACCAAGACUUUCGCUUCUAUACUUAUAACAUUUUCUAUAUUAAAUAUUAGACCUGUAGUAUUGAUUGUAUGUGUUCAUUGUUAUCAAUGCUUAAUUUAAAGCCAAAUUGAAGGUGUUCUUAUAAUUAUAGUUGAUCAUAUAGAAGAUCCAUGAAACCAUAACUAUAGUACAAAAAUGAAUGCCAAAUUUUUUUAUGAGACAUUUACAUUUUAAUGUUUUUCCACGAAUUUUAAUUGACUUCAGUAAAUUGGUAUAAACAAACUGAAUAGGAUAAUUUUGUAAUCAGUAGAGAAGUAUGCAGUCUACUGCUCUUUUCUCUCCGUGAAUAGUUUUUCUUUGUUCGUCUGUAAAUUGUUUAAUGUGUCAGAUUGAAAAUUGUAUGUUGGAUUUUCAAAUCUGGUAGUUUGGGUUAUUAAGUCCAAUGUUUACAUAUCGUUGCUUGUCAUGAAUAGUGACACAAAACAAAAUGAAAUGCCAUUCGAUUUUAAAUCUUACCAGUAAAAGAUAGAAUAUUAAAUGCAAUAGCAUUUCAUUUUGAGUUGUGCCUCUGUUAAUGAUAGGCGUCGAUAUAACUGUGACGAUUUGUUUCUUACUCUCAAAUUUAAUAAAAAGAAGAAAUUGCAGUCAAUAAUCAUAAUGAUCUCGUACAACCAGAUUUGAAAAGGUUGUGCGUUUAUUAUGUACACAUUGAUUAUUUAUAAUUAUGUAUUACAUAUCGUACAUACUGAUAAAUAGGGUACUAAUACUCUUAAUGGUUCAGGUUUCGUCACAUAGAGACACGUGAUUUUAAGUAUAAGGUUAAAGGUGGGCUGAUAUUAUCAAUGUUAUUGAAAAUAUUUUCAUACUAUAAAACUAUUUUUUCAUCAAUACGAUCUAUAAUGGCAUUAUUAAUAUUGAUGAUGUCAGGCUAGCCAUUCUAGCACUUACAUCAGGUCACAAUAAUUAACCUAUGCGUUACUCCACUAGGGAAGAUACCCAAUAAAUUUAGAAUGUACUUAAAAAUAAUGAUGAUGUAGAUUGAAAUUUCAAUAAAGUUCAUACAACUGUCAA